AACCAUAAAAUAGACACAACUUGCCUCACCCCUAGUCCUCCUAACCACACUGCUCAGCCUUACUUGGUUGUCCUCUGUCCAUCUGGACCAGCUAGUCUUGUUCCCUUUUCUUGGUGUGCUAUCUCCGGCGACUCCAUUCUUCAUCGCGGCUGAACAAGAAGUGGUUGUCGAUUUCUGUCAAGACUUAAGAUCGAGCCAGCUUGCGUUUUGUUGCGGAAAUCUUGGGUGCGUUGUUGGCCGGGGGAUCACGAUCUUUGGUGCGCCGCUCUCCUGUCCCGCAGAUCGACCGAGCCAACUACAGUUCUUAUUUAUCUCGCAUCGUAGCAGCGAUGGGCUAGUCGGCUGUGGGCAUCCAGGAGCUGGUGGCCUUCGAGUGGGUGUGCCAUAACCAAUUCACCUGCUCGUCCUUGGUAAACAGAGUUGACUUUUGAAAGAUGUAAACGCCGAAUACAUGGAACAGGUCCAGACCGCUCAAACCAAGGGACGGGCAAGGUGAUGGAGGCCGUGGUGAGCGCCUCCCAGGGCGCCGUGCAGAUCCUGUUGGGGAAGCUCGGCAACGUCCUUGCCACCAAAUAUGUGCUUCUCGGCGGCGUUCGUGGGGAGAUCCAGGAGCUCAAAGAUGAGCUUGAGAGCAUGACGGCGUGCCUCCGCGACCUCGCGGAUAGUGAUGAUCACAAUGAACAAACUAGGACUUGGAUGAAACAAGUGAGGGAGGUCGCGUUCGAUGUGGAGGACUGUAUGGACAGGUUCUGCCAUCACCUCAGCAAGCACCAUGGAGACCGUCAAGGACUCCUGGAAUAUCUGAACAGGAUGUUCAACAUGGUGCGGACAUUAAGCGUGCGGCACAAGGUGGCGACCGAUAUCCAGGGCCUCAAAUCUCGUGCCCAGAAAGUGAGCGACCGGAAGCAAAGGUACACAUACACUCUACACGAGGCUGGACGGUCGAGGAAAGGGCUUGAUUCUCCGUACAGCCACCCCGACAACCUGGAGCGCUGGCUGCCUGCAAUCCGUGGUGACGGGUCCGGACUAGUCGGGAUGGGCAACAUGACUGAUGCCGUGGUCGAGCUGCUCAACAAUGAGCAACGCCAGGCGGCGGCAGGUCACCGAGUGCUGUCCAUAGUGGGGUUCGGUGGCCUUGGCAAGACCACCCUCGCGACGACUGUCUACAACACUCCAAAGUUGGGCGGCAUCCAGUGCCGCGCUUUUGUUCCGGUGUCCCAGACAUACGACGUCCGUUCUCUUCUUGAGUCCAUGCUCAAGCAGCUUUCGGCCUCAGCUGAAAAAGAUAAAAAUGAUGAUCCCCUCAAGAACAUUAAAGACUGGAACAAAAGACAGUUAUCUGACAAUAUUAAAAAACAGUUGGAUGGCAAGAGGUACUUGAUCGUUCUGGAUGACGUCUGGCGAGCAGCUGCAUGGGAUCAGCUAAAUGUAGCUAUUCCUCGUGAUAAUAAUAAGGGCAGCAUAAUAAUUACUACACGCAGUCAUGAGGUAGCCAAGAAUUGCUGCACCUCUCCCAAUGAUCCUGUCUAUGAAAUGAAGCGGUUACAGGAGGGUGACUCAGAGAAGCUAUUCUUCAAGACAGUGUUUGAGUCAGGGAAAUGUCCGGCCGACCUGCUGAAUGUCUCAAAGGACAUAUUGGCAAGGUGCAAUGGUCUACCUCUAGCUAUAGUGAGCAUAGGACGAAUGCUAGCUCGGAGGCAAAACCAGACAUCGGAAGACGAGGCAGGGCCAUCUCAGCGUCUGCCGCCUUCAACGUGACGACAGUGUCAGUUCUAGCGCUGCUGAGACGUGUCUCCUCUCGUUUGUUGCUACUCCCUGGGAUGUAAAAUACUGUAACAUAGAUCACUGCAUGCUCUGUAUUUUCUGAACUUAGGUUGAACGAUCGAUGUCGCGCCAGGUUUUUCGUCCCAUAGGUCGUAUUAUUAUUACAAGUGGUAGUACAACUAGUGGGUUUUCCUGGCGUGCAUCGAACUCGAAUGCCUAUUUUGUUUUACCUUAUCGUACAUUGUUUUUGUGCCUUGGUAAUGAAAAUAUGUUGUU